UCACCUAGAGAUUCGCCAAUUUUUAAUAUAUAUUUGAAAAUAAUCUAACAAAACAUAGGUACUGUUUUGUUGGCGCGUAUAGAUGAAUAGUACGUAUAGAAUUAGCUUGUUAACUUAACGUGCCCUCCACAAACUCGGUGGUAUUUAAAGUUGACGUUAUUUACAUGUAAACAAGGUAUCGGUGCUGCUCACUGAUCUAAUGGACAAAUAAAAUGAGUUUUCUGUCGUAUUUCGUCGGUAAUUACACAGCAAGCAUAUACGAUGUUAUUGUGGAGUACGUGGACACGGAGUACAGCCUGUGGCUGACGUGGGUGCUGACGCCGGUGGUGGUGACCUUCCUGCUGCCCGCCGUCAUCAUCGUGCUCAUCUACGCCAGCAGCGUCAUCUACCAUGUCUACCGUCUGUACAGGCACCGCAUCGUGGACGGCGUCCAGACGGACUGGCGGCAGGCGGCACUGCUGGCCAUCUGCGCGCUGUGGGACGCGCACGGCUGGCUCUGGCACGGUUACGAGAUCCGCGGGCUGGAGCACCUCCCCGCGGGCCCGUUCCUGGUGAUCUACUACCACGGCGCGCUGCCGGUGGACAUGUACUACUUCAUCGCGCGCAUGCUGCUGGCGCGCAGCACGCACGUGCACACCGUCGCCGACCGCUUCCUGUUCCGCAUCCCGGGCUGGGCGGCGCUGCUGGACGCGCUGUGCGUCAUCCCCGGCACGGUGGCGGAGUGCGCCGGCGUGCUGCGCGCCGGACACCCGCUCGCCAUCGCGCCCGGCGGCGUCUACGAGGCGCAGUUCGGCGACCACAACUACAAGCUCUUCUGGAAGUCGCGAUACGGCUUCGCCAAGGUGGCGCUGGAGGCGAAGGUGCCGAUCGUGCCGAUGUUCACGCAGAACGUGCGCGAGGCGUUCCGCACGGUGGGCUGGCUGCGCGGCGCGUGCCUGCGCGCGUACGCCGCCACGCGCGUGCCGCUGGCGCCCGUGUACGGCGGCUUCCCCGUCAAGCUCGUCACGCACCUCGGCCCGCCCGUGCCCUACGACCCCGCCGACACGCCGCAGCAGCUCCAGCAGAAGGUGGCGCGCGCGGUGGAGAAUCUGAUCGAGGAGCACCAGCGCAUCCCCGGCAACAUCUUCUACGGCCUGCUGGAGCGCGUGUGCGAGCUGCCCAAGCCGGGGAGGACCAAGAAAACUGACACCAACGGCUUCUGCCAGAACGGAGUAACAAAGAGCGGCAAGGACGACGGGCGGGAAAGAGACAGCGCGGGCGACGCGAGAGCUAAAGAGAGCGCGGGCGAUGCGUGCGAGCGAGACAACGCUGGCGACAACCGUGGCGUAACCACGGGCGGGAGGGAGAAGGCGAAAGUGUCGUAAUGUCGCGCGGGCGACCGCAGGACCGAGUGACAGUGACGUGCUCCCGUGGUCGGGCGCCCGCCGCGGCCCGGUGUCGGUGUAGAUUGUACAAAUACAGCAUUUUACGAAUUUACGUUGACUUAGACUUAAGCGGUGAUAUGUAGCUGCGGUGAUAUAGGAGCAUUUUAUAUUUAUUAUAAUAUAUGUAUCUACUGACUGAAGUACAAGAAUUUCCUAACCGAGUCGGGGAAAUCCAGAGGAGCGGAUUUUUUCAAAGCGGGUGUAACAUAUAAAAACUGCUAGCGGGGUCGCAAAGACCUUGUGCAAUAUAAUAUCUACUUGCCCGUUUUGCACUCACCACAAUCCGCGAUGUUACAAACCAAAUAUAAGCCAAUAUAUUUAAUAUUGUAAUG